AUGUGGCCCUUGUGCAGAUGGCGGAUGGCUGUACCCCUUCUGCUGGUGCUGAUUGCACAGCUUUCCAGGAGCCUUUCCACCAAUGCCUUCCUUACAGCGCGGGGUGGCAUCGUGGCACGUGAGGCCUAUAGGCCAAAGCUGAUCCGUGCGGUCAGCAAAACUCUACAGAAGACUGCUGGAAACAGCCUACGACCCAGUGAGAGGCUGGUGGAGCUGCCAGCUCUGUCGGAAGCGCGCACACAGGAGGCCACUGCCCUGAUCCGUGAGUUCGAUCGGCUCUACCCCAGGGUGGCGCUGAAACAGCAUGAGAUGCGCGCAGAAUACCAGGCACACUUCAGGCCGCAGGCAUCGAGCCAAGCCUGGGAGGAAAUGGAUCCCCUGAGCUUUGUUCAGCUGUUUUCAGCCGAAGAGCUUCCGAUUGAGGGGUUUGUGGAUGUCGGCAGUGGUUUGGGAAAGCUGGUGGUGAUGGCUUCUUCUAUCGCCACGGUGCCCUGCUGGGGUGUGGAGCUGAGCCCAAUACGUGCGGCUGCAGCGGCAGAGGGCCUCAAGCGACUGGCGCACAGCUGGCGAAAAGGUGAGGUCAGGCUUGUGCAGGGCAAUUGCUUACGAGACUUGCCACGUGAAGCGUUGGAAGCAUCGCACUUUUUGCUGACGAUGCGCAGGGUUGGUAAACUACCAGCGGGCACCCGACAAGUGGCCGAACGCUUCCUGGAUCUUCUGGCAGCGACCCCUGGUCCCACUCGCACCGUGUGGUCCGUGGGGAAACGCUUGGAGCCGCGCGAAGGGUUGGAACAUGUGAGUGCAUCCUUCUUGAGGGCUCAAUGGUCUGAUGCAGAGGACGUUUUGGUGCACCGUUACACCCUGUGA